CGGCGUUAUAUUCGAAUGCACUUUCUCCCUGAACCGUUCCUCCGCUUAAAGAAUCAACUCUCGAGCUUUCAAAAUAAUUCCCUAGCUGCGGCGCCGCCGCAGAGAGCCAGUGCGAGAAUUCCGCUUCAUUUCCUCCCGCAAUGGCGAACCGUACGGUGAAAGACGCUCAAACAGUCCACGGAACGAAUCCCCAGUACCUUGUGGAAAAAAUAAUCCGUUCCCGAAUCUACGAGAGCCGCUACUGGAAAGAAGAAUGCUUCGCCGUUACCUCGGAGCUGAUCGUCGACAAGGGUAUGGAGUUGAGGUACAGCGGUGGCGUUUUCGGUGGUAACAUCAAGCCUACUCCGUUCAUUUGCUUGGUGCUGAAGAUGCUCCAAAUCCAACCGGAGAAAGACAUCAUAAUCGAGUUCCUGAGACAAGAAGACUUCAAAUAUCUUCGAGCUCUGUCGGCCAUCUACCUUCGUCUAACUGCGACUUCCGUCGACAUAUACAAGUACCUCGAGCCAUUAUAUAACGAUUACCGGAAACUCCGACACCAAAAUCGACAAGGAGAGUUCGUUUUGACCACGAUGGAUCAGUUCGUCGACGAGCUGCUCCACGAGGAACGCGUCUGCGACAUCAUCUUACCUCGACUGAUGAAGAGACACGUGCUUGAAGAAACCUCUGAGCUCGAUCCGAGAGUUUCGCUCCUAGACGAUGACAAUGAGGAGGACGAGAGCGACGAAGAGCAAGAGAUCGAGAUCGAAAUGCAGAAGAUACAGAAGAAGCGCCAACAGGAAGAGGAAUUCGACAGAGACCGUAAAGACAGACGCAAGGAUGAUCGCAAAAAAGACGACAGAAGAGAUCGAGAGCGAGAUCGGGAACGGGACCGAGAUCGCGAGCGGGAUAGGGACCGAGACCGCGGCAGAUAUCAAAUAAGGGACAAGCGGAAGCGAAGCCGCAGCAAAGACAGGAGUCGUGAAAGGAGGAGGGAACGUUAUGAUCGGAGUCCAAUAAGGAAAGAUAGAAGGCAUGAACGCCGACGGAGUCGUAGUUAUGAAAGGCGGUACCGGCGAAGAUGAGAGAUGCGUCAGACCCAAUUGUAUAAAUGAGGCGAAAAGCUCAUCCGUUUCGAGAGAGCUGAGAAUGUCAUGACGUAAGAAUGAUUACAAACUCUGGGAUUGGAAGAAGUCAUUGAAAGUUCUUUAUAAAAUCAAAUAUACAGUUUGAGCCCGAUCCCU